UGACGGGGGUUGUCGCCACACACGCAGUUGCUGUGCCGACCGCUGGAUUUGGAUUCCGGCAUGUAGUCUACGAAACCGAAGGUUUAGCAAUUGACUCGCAGAUGUCAGCCCUGAAUGGAAUGAUACACUCUUGAGCAAAUACAUACUUUUGAGGGUUCCGAGUGGCCUGGGAAUAUUAUUUGUGUGUUCGCUCAUGGAACGUCUGUUGUUGGCGAUGGAAUGGAUGCGCAAUGGUUUGGUUAAGCUCGGCUUCGCAUCAGAGCCCCUGUCUGUCUUUUGUGAAGUUACGAACAGAUGUUGGAACUGAGGGGCGACCGAAACAGCACAGCUGCCCGGAGAACCGUGUCGUCUACGUGGGGAGAGCUACGAGCUCAGCUGGUAAUGUAGAAAUCAUGAUGUGAAGGGACAGUGGACAGUGGACAGCCUUAUUUCUACUUUUGGAUUUAAUUUGAACCAACGUAAAGCGAUGGCUUCUUCAUCUGGGGCGCAGAGGACUCCAAAGAGCGAGAAGUUGGACGAGGCGCAAGCUCUGGCCAAAAGCUGCGCGGGCAGACCGGACUUCUUGCCGUGCGACGGCCUCUCCAUCUGCGCCACGCACAGCCACGGCAAGUGCUUCAAACUGCACUGGUGCUGUCACCUUGGAUGGUGCCACUGUAAAUAUGUGUACCAGCCGAUGACGAGGGUAGGCCAGCUUCCCAGCACCACAGUGCCUCCGCACCCGUCCGACCAGACCGACACCGUCGACCUCUCCAUCUCGCUGACGGACCGCUUCAUGCGCAUCGCGCCCUGGUUCCGCCCCCCGCCCGGGCCCGAGGCGGCCCGCUACUGCGUCAUCGCCGACCUGUUCGUGGACGACUACGUGGUGAAGCGCAUCAACGGGAAGAUGUGCUACGUGCAGCGGCCGCCUCCCAUGGUGCCCGUGGACAUGCAGCCUCCGCCACCAGCGCCAGUGCCACCGCCACUACCCAGCAUGCAACAGCAGCAGCAGCAGCCACCGCAGACACCGCACCAACACCCACACCCACACCCACACACGCAACAUGACGCACAACCACAUCUGCACCCGCAUGUUAGCAACCCAAACCCACAACAACAGGGGGUUUACCCUCACCCGCAGCACCCACCACAACCUGACCUCAAUGCCCAACAUCAGGGUGUCUGCCCGCACCCACCACACCCACACCCACACCCACACCCACAUGAGAACCCACAAGAGGGUGCCCACCUCCAACCUCACCACCCCCACACUGCCCAUGCCCAACAGUGUGCCCAUCCUCACCUCCAGCAGUAUGUGGACGUCAACGUCCACCCAUACCCGCAACACCAUCAUGACCACCACCAUCAACACGCCCGACAAUGUGACCGCCAUCCACACGCCCGACAGUGCCCCCGGCACCCUCACGCAACUCCUCCUGCCCCUGCUCCCUCCCCCUCCACCUCCCCCUCCCCCUCUAGGUCCCUCCCUUCACCACACCAUCAAACCAAUCAGAAGGAGCAGCAGCGCCAUGCGGCCAAUCAAAAGGAACGACCGCAGCGCCAUGCAACGAAUCAAAAGCAACAGCAACAGAAGCAUCACACUGUCAAUCAUGUGAAGCAGCAGAAACAGCAUUCAGCCAAUCAGAAGGAGCAACAGCAUCAUUCAGCCAAUCAGAAGCAGCAACAGCAUCAUUCGGCGAAUCACGUGAAGCAGCAGCAACAUCAUUCAGCCAAUCACGUGAAGCAGCAACAGCAGCAUCAUUCAGCCAAUCACGUGAAGCAGCAGCAGCAGCAACAUCAUGUAGCCAAUCACGCGAAGCAACAGCAGCAGCAGCAACAUCAUGUAGCCAAUCACGCGAAGCAACAGCAGCAGCAGCAGAGGCAUCCAACAUCCAAUCAAAAGGAGCAACAGCUGGAGAGCUCCGCCCCUCUGGAGGAGGAGCCUAAAGCCAAAAACGGCCCCAAAAUGGACCACUGCUCCUCCCCCUCCUCCUCCGAGGACUCUGGGAUCAACGCCAUCGGAGGGCACUUCCUGGAGUCGUGCGAGGAGGACUCGUGUGAGGAGGAGGAGGAGGAGGAGGAGGAGGAGGAGAGGCUGAGCUCUGAUGGGAAGUCUAGUCCGGCUAGCUGGGACCAGGAUCAGGAGGAGUGUGGCGGACUCCUCUCGCCCUCCAAGUCCCUCGUAGAGAUCAUAGAGAACAUCGAAACCACCGUCUGA